UGGGAAUGUAUGUAUGAUCUUGUUGAUAGUUUUAACGAUAAUAAAAAGAUAGGAAACAAUGAAUAAUGAAAUAAAUCGUGAUAUUCCGUCAAGUUCUGUUCAUAUAACACGAGAUAAAAUGAGUCAUAGUGGAAAUGCUACGAUGUAUGACAGUACUACAACCACCACAACCACUACCACUACUAGUACAUUUCCGAGAUAUCAAGGUAGAACUUUAAAUAUUGCUGAUGAAUGGAUUCAAGCAACUGAAGCAAGAUAUGAUUCAAUGGAGAAUUUAUUACAAUCUGUACGUCGAGAUAUAGAUGUACUAACUGAACGUAUAAAUCAAACUACUCCAACAUCACCUGAAUUGGUUCGAUCAAUCAAGGCGAACUCUAUAACAACGACAAAACCUAUGACCACAACAACAGGAAUUAUUAAUAAACAUACAGUUAUUGAAAAGAAAUCACCAAAACCUUCAACAAAAUCCCUACCUCCAUUACUAUCUAAUCAAACAGAUUUAUCAGAUGACUUAAGGUGUAUGAAUGAAAAGCGUUCUUCAUUUAUGAAUGAUACAGAUGAAUUUAUGGAUAUACGUAUACGUUCAAUGGAAAAUUCAUUUCAUCGAUCAGGACAUGGUGAUCAAAUUAAUGAAGAAGAUUUAUUGGAUUGUGACUUUGUACAUCAAGUUGUUGACAAUUCUACUUCUACUACUACUAGUAGUAGUAGUUAUGAUCACAUUGAAGGAGAAAGGUAUCUACAGAAGACAUGGAGAUCUCCAUCAGAUUUCAGUUUACAUGAUCCAUUCUACGAAAAUUCAUUUACUACUUUCAAUCCACAUGUCAAUGUGAGUGGUAUCCAUCAAAACCAAGCAAGACAUUUUAUUAAAGUUACUGGUAAAUAUAAUGAGUUUGUAAAUACUGACGAAGGUGGUGAAGAUGAAGAAGGAGAAGGAGAUGAAAUACCUCACUGCGAUCUUAGUACACAUGAUCAUCACUCUAUCAUAGAAACUGACUUAGAUGACUAUCAACCAGAUAAACAGGAGAACAGUACCACAGAAUCAGAAAGUAGUAGUAUAUCACCAGCUAUUUCACCGACAUUUAGUAAUUUUGUAUCAGAUGAAGUGAAAUUACAUAAUAUAAUCAUCUCAAAUGAUGAUACAAUCACAUUUCCAAUCAAUACUAAUUAUUCACGGAAUAACAAUAGUGACAAUAAUAACGAUGACAUUGAUAAUGAUUAUAGUAGCGAUAAUAAUCUUAACAAAACAAUAAAUAGCGAUGACUUCCAACUCUAUGAUAAUGGUCAUUCAUUAACAACGAUUGAUGAAGCUUCAGAGGAAAAUGAUGAUGACUGGUCAUCGUCUGAACAUGAAGCAUCUAUAAAUGAAGGUAAUAAUAACAAUACUUUAGAAAAUAAGCAACAUCUGUCUAAAAGAAAUAAUAAUAAUAAUAAUAAUAAUAAUAAUAGAGGAUUUAAUUCUACACCUGCUUAUUCUAGACAUAAUCAAUUAUCGAGUAAUCAAUCAAUAAGUCAAGAAUUUAAACUAUCAUCUAAUGAUAUUACUAGUCAACAAUAUCAUAUUAUCAGACAAGCUGGUCAAGUUGAAGCAAUAAGAUUGAACUUGGAAAAUAACAGAAGUCAUAAACAAUCAUUUAUUUUCCAAGAAAAAGAUAUUACUACAAGUGAAUCAGAUUUACAAACACCUGAAAUUAUUAUACUACGACCUAAAAAGACAGAUAAUUCAACAGAGAAUAACGGGAAUUUUAAAUCACGUCCACUUUCAGCUGAUAUAUUGCAUAAUACUACCAGUGCUACAACUACUACCUCUACUGCUAUUAUUAAUAACAAUAAGAAUUUGCAUAAAUCUCAUUCAGGUUCAUUAGUUUCAAUGUUAUCAACAAUAAGCCAAGAAAGUGUUAUCAGUGAAGCAGAUUCUUAUGUAACUGUAUGUAGUCGACUUAUUGGUACAGGUAGUGAAGAGGCUUAUACAACAGCACAAAGUGAUUCUGAUGGAUUUAUUGAUCGUACAUUAUAUGCAGAUUCAUGUACAGAUAAUGAUGAUUGUCAAACAUUAUCACGUAAAAAGUCAAAAUCAUUACAUCAUCGUAAUCAAAAGCAUAAAAUCAAUACAGAUCAAAAUACAGAUAGUCAAUCAGCAUCUGAUAUUGAAGAUGAUGAAGGUGAAGGUGAUACAAUCCCAAAUGAAUCUACAUUAACUACAUCAAUGUCAGUAACUGUUGUAACGCCUAAGUUUACUAAACUACCAUCAAAGUUGACUGCAUUCACUAAAACAUCUUCAGAAUCAAAUGAUAAUGUCAAUGUAGAAACAUCAUAUAUUGUGGAUGGUAAUCAUACAAAUAAACGUAAGAAAACCGGUAGAAGUUAUGAAGAGUUGACAGUUAGCAUAAAAAAUGAAUCAAAUGAGACAGAAGAUACUGACAAAAAAGAAAUCCUAUCAGUCCCAUAUAAACGUGUUGCACUGAAACGACCGAAUCGUCCAAGCGAUGCAACAAACUUAUUGAUAGGAACACUACUUAAUUCAGAUUCAGAAAAUGAGUGUAAUGACUCAGCACCAAGUUCUCCAUCAUCCACUUCUUCAUCCACUUCCUCCUCGAAUUCCGAUGAAUUAAAUGAAGCCCACUAUGAUACUUCACAACCAGAAUCAUGGGUUAAUACAAAUUUUAAACAGUUAGGUGGUAUCAUUGUACCAAAUACAGUUUAUCGGCCAAAUUUGCAUAUUGCACCGAAUGAAAGAAAAAUUAAACGUCUGUCGAAAAUUGUUGAAACAAGUCAAACUUCACUAACUGAUGAUAACGAUAAAGACAAUCAUUCAAUUGGAACUUCAGAUGAUAAUUUUUCAAAUACAUUAAAUACAAAUAAUAAAAUCAAUCCAUCAUCAUCUACAUUUUCACAGAAAGAGGAAGCUGUAGUUGUUGUACCUAAAUUUUCUAACACAUAUUUACCGCCACUACCUACAAAUGUAUUUAAAUCUGAUACGUUUAAACAAGAAUUGAUCAAUAAGAAUACAAGGGCGUUGACUCAAUCUGACAAUUCAUUGGUUGAAAAUAAUGAACCAGUCACACCCGGUGUACAACAUAAUAAUGUUAAUGACCAUCAAAAUAUUGUUAUCAGUAAUCAAAGAAACCAAAAAUUGCCAAUCAGUUGUUUGAAUAAACAUAAAGAAAACAGUGAACAACAACAGUUAGAAAGAGAUAAUAAUAAUAAUCUAGAGAAAGAUGAAGAAACAUUGACUGAAUGCGAAAAAGAGAAUUAUUCCAGUACACAUGUGAAAAACGUGGAUGAUUAUAUCACUAGAAAUAUUGAAACACCAAAAUCACAUGAAAUUAUUUUAGAAGAAAAAGCAGUGUCAGUAGAAAAGGAAUCCAAUGAGAAAGAAAUUGAUGUAAAACAAACAGAAAAAAUGUAUAAUGAUAUGAGAAUAACUCAAAAAUCAAGAUUAUCUCCAGUGUCGUCAUUUACUAGAAAAGAACACUUUUUUCCAAAACAUCUAACUAACAAUGAACCCCAAUUAUCAGUGGAAGCGAAAUCUGAUCAAAGGCAUAAUGGAUAUAACCCGACCACUGGAAAUUACAAUACACAAAAUGCUUACACAUCAAAUCUAUACGACAACAGUUUAACAGAAUCAUUGUACAAACAUGAAAAAUUACAAUCAAGCCUACGAAAUUCAUGCCAAAAUGAACAUGGUUACUAUAGUGGAUAUGAAAAGUUUGAAAAUAAUACAUCUUUGAAACCAAUAAAUCGUAUAUUACGCGUAAGUGAUGAGACGAAAUUCAGCAAACCACAUGAAAUGCAUAUGGAGCAUUUCAAUGAACACGUCUAUGAUAAUGAAUUGGAUGAAUACAAUCGAUUAAGUAGACCAUCUAACAUUGCCAUAAGACAGUCAAUACCGAUGGCAUCAACUUCAUCAUCAUCAAUUUUCGCUAAAUCACCAUUUAUUGUGGAAGAUCGUACAAGGCGUAUUGAAAAUAGUAGCUCAUUGUUACAAGAGAAAGAAGUUUCUACUAAAACAGCUUCAUUUGAAACAAUUAAUGAACCUAUAUCUGAUCAUCAUCGCACACAGUUGUGUUCCCCUACAGUAAACUUUGCACGAGGUGAUAUUCAACUGGCAUCACAGAGAAAAAGUCGCAUUUUACAAGGUGAUGGAGGAAACUUAAAUUACUCAGUUAGUUAUAUACCCGGACCAAUACUACCUAACCCUCAGAUGCCACAAAAGACAUUCGUAGACAACCAGUCAAUAAGUAAACUAGGUGAAUCUAAAAGCCUUAAAGAAAAUGAAACCAAAGUAGUAGAUGUAACUGGGAGAAGCACUGAUGAAGAAACUAAUGUGUGUCAUUUAUAUGAAUCUGUUUCCGUGAAAGAUGAAACUCGUAUGCAAACAACAAACCAUGAUGAGAUAAACAAAAGUCCAGGCGAGAAUCUAUGUCUGUCACCAUCAUCUCAGAGCUAUAAAAUAGAUACAAGUGUUAAUGUAGAAAAUGAAGAGUCAUACAGAGUAAGCAUACCGAAGGAAAAUACUCAAUCUAGUCUAAAGUCUCGUAUGAAAGUAAUUCAUACUCCCAUUGACUUUUCAUAUAAACAAAGACAAAUGAGUCCAAGUCCACCUAGGCAACGCCAUAUUCUUCUGCCUCCUAGCUCGAUUACUUCAAAGCCUCCUUCUCAGUAUCUUCAACGUACAAAAUGGCAUUUAAAACCAAUACCAACUGAUGAAGAAAUACGUGAAAGACUAAGAAGUUCUAGUCGUAAAAGAUAUGAAGAACGUCAAUCACGUUCAAUACAAAAUUCUCAACCUAUAACUUAUCGUCCUCGUAGUUCACGUUCUGAUUCACGUUAUAGAUUUACAGAUAUAGAUUCAGCUAUUGCUCAGUCAAAACUUGAUACAAAUGAAGCAGUAAAUCAAUUGACUACAGAAAGUGAAUCACAUUCAGAGGCAAGACAAUCUGCUUCAUUAUUUGAUUUAGAUGCUCAAAUUCAAAAAGCAUAUUCACCAAUUCUACCAAAUGAUAAUAAAAUUAAUCAUAUCGAUAAAAUAUCAAUGAAAAAAUCUCUUGGUGAUGCAAAAUCGUAUAGUUCAUUACUUGAAACAGAUAUUGAUACAGGUGAAAAUUUUCAACGAUCAAUUAUUCUUGAAACAGAUUUAGAUAAAUUGAAUACACAGAUAAAUGAUAAAUCAUUCGAUACUCCACUUAUUGAUACAUAUCAAGAUAGAACACGUAGUUUAUAUAAUCUAACAUUUUCAAAUACACCUGGAUCAUUUCGUCGACAAAAAUCGAAUGAUUUCAAUGGAAGUGUUACAACUCAACAGAAUGAAAUUACAUUAAUACAAUCAUCAAAUGAUAAACAAUGGGAAAAAGCUAAAAGUUAUCAAGGUCUUGUAAAUAAUAAAGAAAAUGAAGUACAAAAAUCACAAUGCCAUUAUGAAAUAGGUAAAAAUAAAAGAAAAUCAACAAAUAGUGGUGCUCAAGGCUUAAUUGAUCGUUUAAAAGAGAAAGCAAGAUCAACACAUGAAUUACGUGUAGCUCAAUCAUUAACAAAAUUACAUAUACCUGAAUGGUUAGAUAAAGCAAAUUGUUUACAAACAUCAGAUAUUAUAACAUCAACAGGUAAGGAAUCUAGAUCAGAAAUAAAACAAUCAAAUGAAAAAUAUUUUCCUAAUACAAUGUAUACACCUAGAUCAUCGAAAUCAGUUCUCUCCUCACUUAGAUCAUUAUCAAAUACGUGUAAAUCAAAUGAUAAUUUACAAUUGACAACAAUGAAUUCAUCAUUGAAAAUAAUUGAAACAUCAAUUAAUAAAACAAAAACUGAACAAAAUAAUCAUUUACGUCCUAUUCAAUCAAAAUUGAAUAAUUCAAUGCGUUCAUUAUUAAAUGGACAACGAUAUAAACCGGAUAAUAUACAAGAUAUAGAAAUACAAAUUACACCAAAAUAUAAUAGAAAUAUUGGUCAAGGAAAAUUAAUUGAAUUAAAUCCACAAGAUUUUAUACCUAAAUAUGAACAAAGAUGGAAUAAAGAAAAAUUGAAUCAAUUUAAUCGAGCUACAACUGAACCUUUAGAAGUUUAUAAUAAUCAAAUAUCAUUAAUGCAUACAUCAUCAUAUUUAAAUGAUUCUCAAAUAAAAAUAUCUCAAUAUGAUACAAUAAAUAAUGUGAAGAUUAUAUCUUCACCAAGUAUUUACACUAAAAAUUCAACUUCAAUAUUGAAUAUAAAAGAUGUUGAUCAUGAUUCUGUGAAGAAUUUAAAGAAUGAAAUUUCAAUUGAAAAUGAUCUAAGUGUAGAUAAUUCUGAGAUUAUAAAUAUAUCAGAUAAAAUUUUAAAUAAUGAAUUUUAUUCAGUAGAUGCUGAAGGUGAAAGUGAAUCUGAGGUAACAGAUGGAUUUGAUCAAAUAUCUGAUUUAACAUGUUUAACAUCAUUACUUGAUACAUGUUCAUCAAGACAUCGUAGUCUACUUGUAAAUCGACCAUCAGCACUUGAACAUCUUUUAAUUAGUGUUGGUUGGUGGCCUAUACAUCCAGAAGCUGAGCAUCAUUAUCUACCUCCUACAGCAGCAGAAGCUAUUUCUAUAGCAGCACAUGAAUUUGAUGUUAAAGAUGAUUCUCAUCGUUAUGAAUAUUUACAAUUUAUUUCUGGACCAAAUAGUUAUAAACCAUUAAAUCUCGGUGAAUUUGGAUUAAAUCAACUCUCCGGUGGAAUUGCACGUCAUCCUGUUGAUGGUUUACUCUAUAUAAGCUGUGGUAGAUCUACAUGCUUAACAAAACCUGUACCAGUUUCACAAGCUUCAAAAUGGUGUGCUUGUGCUAAUUGUUUUACAUUAUAUUGUUCAAGCAAAUGUAGAGAAGAAUGUGAAAAAAAUCCACAUGAUCAUCCUUUGAAUUGUUCAUUCUCAAGAGCAAAAAGAGUAUGUAAUCGUUUAUUACGAAAUCUUGCACCUGGUCAAUUAACAGGUCUUACAGCACUUGCUAAAACUGGAAUGGCUCGUCUUGGAAGAGGUGGAAUACUCUUAUCCUUUUCAUUAAUUAAACAUGCUGAAAUAUUUUUACAACGAUCAUUGGAACAUUCAUUUAUAAAUGAACAGUUGGAUGAUGCAUCUACAGAGAAAGCUGUUCAAAAGUGGGAAAAGUUUCAUCAACCAAGUCCUGGUGGCUUAAUGGCACCACCAACGUAUUUAACACUUGGGGAACUACAAGAGUUGGAUUCAACUAUUGCCAAUCCAUGUAGAUCAUAUAAUCCAUCUUUAAGUAUGGUUUUAAUUGUUGUAGUUUGUGCAUAUGAGCUGAAUGCUCGAUCAGAUGGUCGACCAGUACAUUUAUUUAAACAAAGUUUGAUAUUGCCUUUUCCAUCACAUCAAAACAUGAGAACUAAGAAUGAAGUGAAUACUUGUCAACAUAAUGAAAAAAAUACAACACUUCAAACAAAUAUUACAAGUGGUAAAUCAGAUAAACAAGCAAUGGCUGCUAGAGAAGCUUAUAUGCUACGUUUACAACGAAUGCUACGUGAAAGAGGUGUCAGUUUAAGACAUCAUUAUCCAGAAAUAUAUACAAAAAUUGCUCAUUUUGUUGAAAGUGGUAUCCCAUUCACCACUAUACGUAUUACAUUUGAUGAUUUUCUACUUCAACAACAAGUGAAUUGUAUUAUUCAACCAAUGAAAGAUUUGUACAUAGAACCAGUUAAUCAAACUUAUGAAAAUGAUCAAAAUUCUAAACUAUUAGAAAUCAAUAAAACAUCAAAUAAUAUACAACAAUCGAAAUAUAUAAAAUGCUCAAAAUCACAAGAAAAAUCUUUAGUUAAUCAUCAAAAACUAAAUGAAACAAAUUUCUAA